GGUGAUCAUUGGAAACGAGUUUCUGUGCAGGCACACUCCCAUCCUCCGUAUAGAGUUUAUGUUAUGAUAAUGAAGUGGCAGCCAAUCACGAAAAUUCGACGUUCAAAAAAUAAAAGAAAUAUAUGAAAUGCUGGUAGGUGGUACGUGAUGAAGCGACGACCAUGCAACAGACGGGGAAAAUAAACGCUGACUGAACACUGACUAGUUACAAAGCUCAUGUCCCUUGAACAACUCGCUGAAAAAAAGUGCGGGCAUUUGCAUUUAGAUACAAAAUUAACGCACUCCAUUUCAUUUUGUGGCGGCUCUUCUGCAAGAUGUGUUUGUCAUUGUAUUACAGGCUAUAACAUUUGAUCGUGUAAACAUUAAAAGAAUUGGCGUUUAUAAGUUUAUUACUCCAUUAAAACUCAAGAUACACUGAUUGCAUUAUUGCCGGUUUUUUAUUAUUAUUAUUUAAUAUUGCCGUGGACGAUAAUGCAGUGGAACGCGGAUACCUGGUCUGCGACGACUUCAGUCGAAACCGGCACUACGUCCCAACUAUUUGCCUCACGGACUCCCAGUCUGAGCAGCGUGUACAACAAGUGCAGUGUCGUGGGGGAGUCCGGGGCUGGGCCCGGAGGAGCCACCCACCAGCCCGUCCCACUGACUUGCCGUUACCCGUACUAUCCAAAUAACCUAGACCCCGGUUCGUCAUCCUCCGCCCUAGCCAGCAUCUCUCCCUACGGAGACGACUUCUCCGUGUGGAAUAGCUUUGAUUUUAGCUCAGCCACCGGAUCUCAACGAUACCAUAGCCCAUUUGCCUCGCCGGCGGCCCCCACGCCUCUCAACCCAGCCGCUGCCGCUGCAGCCGCUGCGGUAUCUAGCCACCAACACACCAGGGAUUCCUACCUAUCUGGAGCGUCUGGGGCCGGUGGAUACUCAUCAGUCAGUCAUCGGAGUACCAACUACCCGCUCUCGGUGUCAGGCUCAUCCAAUCACUUGUCAGCAUGGGUUUCAUCGGUAACCUCGUCCCCAAGGAGGACCAAACGGCGACCAUACUCCAAACUGCAGAUUAUUGAGCUUGAGAAGGAGUUCCAGGAUAACAUGUACCUCACACGGGACAGGAGAACGAGGUUGGCCGAGGUGUUAAACUUGACCGAGAGACAGGUGAAGAUCUGGUAUCAGAACCGGCGAAUGAAGAUGAAGAAGAUGACAGAACGAGAGAAGCAAGAGCAGCAGCAAAUUGAGAGAGAAAAGAUGGCUCUGGGCUCCAAGUAUUUUGCCACUCACCAUCAUUAAUUAUUUUUUUCUACUCAGCACAAUGACUUUUUAUAAAGGGUUCAUUUUUCGACUUGUACAGAUUUUCAGUGCUGCCCGUUUAUGGAGGAUAUACCCAGUGGUUUGUCGCAGAUUUGCAAAUUAAGUCAUUUUGAUCACAGUUCGCACAGCCCGCCAGGUUUAAUACGUACAUGUUCAUUUUUUCAGUUUCAUGUCGAAUGAAAAUUGUUUCUUGCAUCUUCUUAUUUUCUAAAUGGAUUUGGGCGUUAAAAACGUGAAGAAUAAACUUUCAAAGUUCAGCCAGCUUGUUUAACUACAUAAACAUGAAUUUGUUAUUCCGGUAUAGAAUUUUCAAUUUAAACAUGGUGAGACCUAUGCAAAUAGGCUAAUCUGAGACGGGCUUGUUCAUAAUGGAAAUGAAAAAAAAACGUUUUAGUUGAAGCGACCAUGGCUUCUUUUUUUUAAAGUUUUUCACGUAGAUGAAUUUAAAGACUAAAUCGCCCAUGAAUCAGUAAGUGGUACGACUUGCACUAAAUGAGUUGUGUUGUUGCAUAAACAGAAAACUCAUCCCAGCCCCGUAUUCUUGCCACUGGUUUUCUGAAACUUGUCUUACAGUCCCGGAGGAAGGUAUUAUAAAGAUUUUGGGUUAAAAAGCAAUGAUCAAUUUAUUAAGGACAUGACAGAAUUGUUGUUUUCUUUUAUUACCGUACUCUUUCUAUAUGUAUGUUGAAAUGCAUGAACGUGGGAAAGACAAACUUAAGGAUAAGGAUGGGUCAUGGGACUUUUAAUUCCAAGAUUUAUAGCAAAAUAUGGUUUGAAAAUGUCCUUUGGGCUACUUGUUUCCUUCCGAAGUCAUUCGAAUAUUUAACUAAAAUAUAUUCGAUUUGGGCUAUCUUACCCAGCUUGUAUUUUCCCAACGUUCGCUACAAUUUCGUUAUCCGUUGCACAUUUUUUUCUAUUAUCGGUUCUGUUUGUAUAUAUGGCUCAUAAAUUAAUUUGUCAAUUUUUGACUGUAAAUAUUACCACAAACGACACUGUGCUUGUUAUUUGGGCAUUUUUAAUAGAAUUCAAAUAUAACUUGGUUUUAGAAAAUCCUGAAAACAUAAAUGGAUAUUACUGAACAUCAUUUUAAUAUUUUAUUGUGCAAUGCGGUAUUGUGGUGUUAUUCUAAUAAACACGUUCUGACGAUUUAAUAAAAGAAAUUAACACGUAGUGGCGUUUUGUCAAAAUUAACACAUCGCGUUCGAGUUAAAGAUGAUUCGCCGUCCUAUUUCAAAUUUCAAUCUCCCCAAAAAAAUACUUUUGUUUUUUUCCCAUUGCUAUUUUCCUAGCAAUAUUAAAGUUAUUCACUUUUGAACGAGACAUCGAAUGGAAAACUUCAUCGACGUUUAGUUAUUGAAUGAUUUGUCACAAAAUGCAAAUUAUUGUUCUCCCGGUAAUAAUUCGGCUCUCGCAGUGAGGAAUCAUUUGUGCGCAGAAUGAAAGCCCUUCUUUCAGAGGUUUGCAGAUGCCCAAAAUCGGGGGAAGUAGAUUUGUUUUGAUACAAAUAGCCAAACAUACAAAUUGAAAAUCCGUCAGCACGGAGCAUGCAUACAUGUUUUCCUGGAAAUGUUUCUUUAUAAGUUCAAAACUACAUUUCACCUUUUCCAACAAACGUAUUGACUCUUUUCUUUCUCUCUCGCCGCUCUCUUUCACUCAAAUUUCAAGGAAAAGUAAAUUAACUACUUAAAAUAAAUAGGUACUAAUUCGACAUAUUCAAUUACAGGUAUAUUUGAUUAUUAUUGUGCCUUUUUUUUCAGAAUCUGCGAUAAAGUUCAAAACCUUACACAACGGCCGAGUUUUAUAAAAAA